AUGGCCGGUUCCCACGACGUCCGAUCUCUUAUCGCGGGCAUAACAAGCGACUCCGAGUCUUCGCGCAAGCUAUCCGCCUAUCAUCUACAAUCACUUGUCAGCGAUCCUUCGUUUGCGCGUGCCUUUGUGCAGGCCCAAGGCGUGCCUGCGUUGAAGCAGGUUGUCCUUGAAGAUAAUGGAAAUGCUCUUGCCUAUGCGCUGGGUAGCCUGACCCGUCUGCUGGAGAUGGACCUGGGUUGGGACCGUUUGAGCUCAGAUGUGAUAGAACGUGCUGUCCAAGUUGUCGUCAAUCGUCCUGUUAUCAAUGUCCUUCGCAACGCGUUGCUUCUCCUGGUUCUGGUUGUAUCACGACCUUUCGAUCCCUACAAGCUGCAGCAACCUUCCGAAGACGAGUUUGGGUUCAAGGCUCUGGUACCGCUCUUGCAAGUCCACUCCAACUUUCUCGAUCGUCUGGUUGACAAGUUAGCUUCUGCCGACCAUGCGUUAUGCGCGAAUGCUCUGCAUUUGGUAAACGCAUUGAUGCGAGACUCUGUUGCCAAUGGAGGAGAAACCGAAUGGCCCAAAUUCAUCAACAGGCUGCAGGAACUCGGUGUCAUCAGCGGUGUCGAGAAUUUGAUGCAUGGCGAUACGCUCCACGAGAUUGCUGCUCCGGUUCUUGAGUUCCAAAGUCUGAUGAAGAUACUGUUUGCUCGCUGGAGGCACAUAUUGGUCGACCUCGAAAAGGUAGAGCAUCGAAAAGCUCUCAAAGAGCUUCAGGUGUCUAGCUUUCCCUCGAACUACCAAGCUAGUCAGCAAGAGUGGCAGCGCCUAGGAUUCUCAUCCGAUAAUCCGGCAGCGGACCUUGAAGAGACCAGAUUUUUGGGUAUGAUGAAUCUCACAGAGUAUGUUCGUAGGAAUCGCGAUGCAUUCCAGAGAGAAUUGCUGGAGCAGAGUGUUUUACCAACGGAGCAACGCUGUCCCAUUGCAAAAGCAAGUUUGAGUAUCACCAUGGUACUGUACGAGCACUUUGAGAUCGCCAAAAUGGAUGGCCAGGAUCCCACGAAGAAUACCACUACCCCAGAGGACAUCAAAGAUGCCGAGGGACUUGCAAAGCCCCUUUUGCUACGCUGGGAGGACAUACAUGCUGCCUCACUCAAUGCCUUUAUCCGCCUUUGGAAAGAAGCAGGUGCGACGGUCGAUGACUAUCGCAAGAUCGACGAUCUUUCGAGACUUCUGAUCAGGACAAUUCUUGGUCAGGCAGACAGGCGAGCCACUAUGGAUCAGGUCGAGGAACAACUCGGAAGUACCACUCUAGCAAAAACCUCUUUANGAAACCUGCGUGAGCAGACGCACACGGACGCACUUCUGUUCAUGCGUGAGCAGCGUAUCAAAUGUCUACUAAAAGGCGCCUGGUUCCCCAUCAUCUCAUCCGACACAAUACCCUCAGAUCUCUCAAUCACCUCAGCGGAGUCACAGAAGUUGCAUGUGAUUGCAUGGCGCUUCGUUCGUCUCUCCAACGACAGAAAAUAUCUCCACCACGCAUCCCACACCAACAAGCUCGAUAAGAUACCCCAAAUUCACGAACUCAACGAAAGGCUUGAUCUUGAGACCAUCAGUUCAGUCGAUUCCAGCGUUGCACGAUCUGAAGUUCUGCUUGGCGACGAUGCGGCCAAAAUCUCUAGCGAUAAACACGGCUCUUCUACAGGAACAAUCACACGAUUGACCAUCUUCGGCAAUCCGAACACCUUUGCAAGAACACAGGCGUCAGNNGGGGAGUCGGUACUGCUCGAACUGAACACUGGCAGUACAUCGCUUGCUUCCGAAUGGCUGGAUGGCCUUCUCAUGCUACUGAACCAACAACCGAUUACUGCAGAUACCAAUAAGCUGGUCGACUUGCUCGAGCAAUGGAGCCUGACGAUUCGCAUGUUGAACCUGCGUUGGGAAGAUGUGGAUUGGGAGCGAGCUCAGGAUAACAAGCAGUUGCCUGUUCCAAGCAGGAGUGGGUUGGAUGACGAUUUCUGGUAUGACAUGUAA